CAAUCACAAUAGUUCGGUAUAUAUGAUAGUUGUGAAAACAACACGUAGCUCGAGUAAAUUGUUUCCUGCAAAAAUAAAUUAUUUUCAAGGAAAUUUAUCGUAUUUUCUUUGAAAUAAUGGCUGCGUUGCGAAUAUAUCUAAUAUUUAUCCUUUAUAUGGGUAUAUUUGCCCUCACAAACUCUCACGAAGCAAAAGAUUUUGACGACACAAUUUUAUAUAAAAUUGACUUUGAAAUACCAGAUUUCGAUCAAAAUCCCGAUUUAAAAAAUCAGGUACGCUCCUUCUUUACCCAUGAACGGGAGAAAUAUGAUUGUGUUAUACCCUCCGUGACCGAAGCCAGAGAAGAAGCCAAAUCAGAUGAACCGGAACUAUCUCCUUUCACUCUUCUGAAACCCAUAUUCAACAGCUGCUCCUAUCGCAUUGAAGCUUAUUGGUCCUAUGAAAUCUGCCAUGGGCUGCAUGUUAGACAAUAUCACGAAGAACGAGAGGGCAAAGCAAUUAAAUUCCAAGAGUACUACCUGGGUAAAUGGAGUAAUGAUAGGUCGGAAAAUUUGCAAAAGGAAUGGGAAGAAAGUCGUAGGGCUGGCAUGAAGUAUAAAACAACUAAAAUUGAUAAUAUUAAAUAUCCCUACUUUGAGAUGGAAUUCACUGAUGGCACAAAGUGCGACAUUAUUAAUGCACCACGUACCACGAUUGUACGUUAUGCUUGCUACCCCCAUGGCAAAACUGAAAUUUAUUCGUUUAAAGAGACAUCUUCGUGUAAUUAUGAAGCUAUUAUUUUGACAUCAACUUUGUGUGUUAUACCUGCUUUUCAUCCAGAAGAAUAUAAAGAAACUUCCAUAAAGUGUUUCAACUCACCUGAUGAUACACAUAAACCCUUGAGUAUGCUGCGUCAAGAAUUGAAUGAAAUGCAAUUGUCGAUGGAUGAAUUUCCCGUCUCAAAGGAGGCCAGCGAUGCAGCUUCAACAGCUGCAGAGGGUCGUAUUACAUUUUUGAAUCGUAUAGGAGAUGAUGUUGAUAAAUUGGUACUGGGUCUUACGAAAGAUGGUGGGUUAACUGCCCACACCACUGAUGCAAGUUCUGAAGAAACUAGCGCUUUUAAAACUCCGCCCACUACCCCCGCUUUGCAGGAUCUUACACCUCUACUGGAAUUUGUCAAGGGGAAAAAAUGUUUAACUGGCGGUACUGGCUGGUGGAAAUAUGAAUUUUGUUAUGGCAAUUAUGUGCGGCAGUUCCAUAAGGACAAAAAAUCCGAAACUGAAUUAUUCCUAGGACAUUUUAGUACUACUGCUCAUCGUCAAUGGCUUGUGGCGAAUCCUGAUAAAAGACCCCAACCACAGUCAUCCUCUAUAUGGCACCAUUAUGAAAUGGGCUCAAGGUGUGAUAAAACUGGUUUGCCCCGUGAAGUUGAUGUAAAGCUAACAUGUAGCAGUGGUAGUUUGGGUUCUUUAAAUCCCAAUGCCUUAUCCAUGUAUCUUUUAGAACCAAAGACUUGUCAAUAUAUUCUGGUAUUUGAGGCACCGAUUGUAUGCGCCCUAAUAGGCUAUACUGACGAAUACGGUUUGAUUGACGAAGAGAAACUGACAAAAUUAGUCAAUGAAAAAGAGAAGCGAGCAACAUCAUCCUCAGAUACAGAUUUUGUAGAUACCACCACAUCGAAAGAUGAAACGCCUAUUAGGUUUUAGUUAAUUAAUUUUAUUGUGAUUUUUGUGAACAACUUUUUCUUAAGCAAAGAAAUUUUUAAGACUUAUAUGCAUGUAUGGGAUGAAAUAAUAGCAUAUUUGCAAUAAAUUAUUAUUUCAAAGAGA